AUGGAGAAGCUCCUGAACAUCGAUUAUGGCUCUGCAUCAGAUGACUCGACCGACGCCAGUCAAUCUCCAACUGAUAAUCCCGAGUCUCCCUGGGAGCGCCGGGAGCGCGAAUCAAGAGAGGCCAUGGAGAAGCGUCUGAGGGAAAACGGAAAUUGGUUCACGUACGCGAAGAGCUUCUUUAUCUUCUUCCCCUAUGUCUGGCCGGUGAAGCAUAGAGGUCUCCAAAUUCGUGUGGUCCUGGUGGCAUGUUGUCUAUUGGCAAAGAACUCCCUCAAUGUUCUGAUUCCUCGCCAGCUCGGCAUCGUCACGGAUAGCCUGAGCCACGAAAAUAAUACGAAUCCUUGGGUUCAGGUUCUCAUCUAUGCAUCUCUGAAAUUUGCCGCAUCGGAGGCCGGAGUAUCACUGCUGAGACAAUGGUUAUGGAUACCCGUCGAAUUCUAUUCCUCUGGAGCUUUGAGCACAGCAGCGUACUCACAUGUUUUGAAUCUUUCCUCCGACUUUCAUGACGCCAAGAGUUCUUCCGAUAUCAUGAUGGCAAUUCAGUCCGGACAGAAUGUGUCAAAUAUGCUCGAGUCUGUCUGUUUCAGUGCUAUGCCCAUGCUCAUUGACAUGGUGGUUGCUUUUGUCUACCUUUCAGUCACUUUCGGGCCGUACGAAGGACUCAUCACCAUCGCAACCUCUAUCAUCUUCCUCUAUAUUGCCACUCGAAUGAUAUCAAAAUUGCGAUCAGCUCGGCAAAAUGAGGUCAGCGCCUUCUUUGAAGAGCAUUAUGUCCGUCAGGCAGGCAUCCAGGGGUGGACAACCGUCACUUCGUUCAAUCAAAUCGGCCAUGAGGAGGUACGUUAUUCUGCAGUGGUUCAGGACAAGGUCUCCAAAUCUCAGGCGGUAUACUUCGGCUACCUUGUCGCCAAUGCCUUUCAGUACCUUGUCUUGCUUGCUGGCUUGCUCGCUGGUGCUUUCUUGGCCGUAUACCAAGUCACCAUGGGUGAAGCCACUCCGGGUCAAUUCAUCAUGCUUCUCACAUAUUGGGCACAACUUGUCGCGCCACUUCAUUUUUUUGCCAGCCUUGGCAAGAACAUUUCUCGAGACCUAAUCCAUGCAGAGCAACUCUUGAAGAUCAUGAAGACGAAGCCGACUGUGGUUAACAAGGAGGGCGCCAUUCCACUAGAGUUCACUGGGGGUAAUGUCGCUUUCGAGAAUGUGUACUUCUCUUACGAUAAGAAGAAGCCAAUUCUCAAGAACAUCAACUUUUCUGUGCCGGCAGGGACUACAGUGGCUUUUGUUGGGGCAACCGGUGCGGGAAAAUCGACGAUCUUGAAAUUGCUCGAUCGCUUCUACGAUGUCACAGAAGGCACCAUCUUACUUGAUGGUCAAGAUAUUCGUGAUGUUGAUCUUUUCAGCCUUCGAGCGCAGAUCGGAGUUGUUCCGCAAUCCCCGACUCUUUUCGACGACACUAUCAUGAACAACGUGCGGUAUGCGAAGCUCAAUGCGACAGACGAGGAAGUCUAUGAGGCUUGCAAGGCUGCAGCCAUUCAUGACCAGAUUUUGGGCUUUACUGAUGGUUACGGUACAAGAGUGGGAGAGCGAGGGAUGAAGCUAUCUGGCGGAGAACUACAGCGUGUAGCAAUCGCCCGGGCAAUCCUGAAGCGACCCUCCAUAGUGCUUCUGGACGAAGCAACGAGUGCUGUGGACACUGAGACAGAGCAAAAGAUCCAAGAGGCACUCCGAGUUCUUUGCCAAGGACGCACUACAUUCAUCGUAGCACAUCGCUUGUCAACCAUUAUGAAUGCGGAUCAUAUCAUUGUUGUAAAUGGAGGAGAGGUCAUCGAGCAGGGAAAUCAUGAAGGCCUGAUUCGCGCGGAUGGCAAGUACGCUGAGCUUUGGUCAAAGCAGAUCUUUGUCAAAACAAAGGACAGCGAUGCACCUGCCAUUAAGGUAAAGGGCAAGGCAAGAAAGGCACCGAAUAUCGUGAACGAUCUUUCUCCCGAGAUGACGAGCUUAGAGCUGGCGAAAGUCAGCACCAGUCCAACGCCACUCAGCUUGACACGAAUUGACACCAAAGAUGGAAAGAAGAACAAGCCGGAUCACAAGCAACACACACAGCCAGCUCUAUCAGAUCAGAAGAAAGAGGUAUAG